AUGAAUUAUCUAAAGUUAACGUUUGAUAAGCUGGACGUCGGGGCUCUGAACGAUCAGGUGGCGCACGAAAGCUGCGGUGCCGUGUCAUUGUUCGUCGGCACGACCAGAGAUAACUUUGAGGGCAAAACCGUCGUUUUGCUGGAGUACGAGGCUUAUGAAGCCAUGGCGAUCAAAACGAUGAAUCUGCUGUGCGAGGAGGUCCGCGCGCGCUGGCCGGAUGUGGUCAACAUCGGCAUACACCAUCGGCUGGGGACGGUUCCGGUAAAGGAAGCGUCCGUUGUGAUAGCGAUAAGCUCGCCGCAUCGCAAGUCCAGCCUAGAGGCGGUGCAUUUUACCAUCGACGAGCUGAAGAAAUCCGUACCUGUUUGGAAGAAGGAGCUGUACGAUGGAGAGGGCAGCUCAGAAUGGAAAGAGAACAGCGAAUGCACAUGGUCGAAGAAGCACAAGGACAACCAUAUACUGUAGCACUGAAGUUUCGCAAACCGAACAUAACGUUUAGUGACGAAAGCAGCCUAGCGGAUCAAAGUCACUAUAAUUUGUACUGGUGGCAGCAACACUACUUUUCAUGCGUGACUGAUCACAUGCAAUCAAAGAUUGUAUAGAGGAACAAAAAGGGAAGAAUUUCCAGCAACGAACAAUCGGAACGGGUAGAACAAUCACACGGUGCUUUCAAUCAACUUCAACGACAUUGCCGAUAGAUUUAGAUAUUAGUAUUUAGCAUGCAAAACUAGCUGAGUCAUGUUUCAAGUGGGUGAUGCCCCUUCCAUUAGCAGGUCAUCUUUUAUCUAGCACCGAUCGUACCCAAACGCGUAGAAAAGAUCAACAUGCUCGAGUGUUAAUGGGCGAAGCCGAAGAUGAAAUACAGGAACUAAAAGAAUAGUUUGAAAAGCUGACUAUUUUUUGUUAAAUUAUAAAAUGUUAACACAGUGCAAUCUUUUUGGAAAAGAACCCCGUUUAAAUAUACACAUAUAAAAUUACCAACUA